AUGAGCAGGUCUGUCUGCACCCUGCCUACUCCCCUCCCUGCCCCCACCACCCUCCCUGCACCCUGCCUGCUCACCUCCCUGCACCCUGCCUACUCCCCUCCCUGUACCCUGCCUGCUCCCUUUGCUGUACCCUGCCUGCUCCCCUCCCUGUACCCUGCCUACUCCCCUCCCUGCACCCUGCCUGCUCCCCUCCCUGCACCCGGCCUGCUCCCCUCCCUGCACCCUGCCUACUCCCCUCCCUGCACCCUGCCUGCUCCCCUCCCUGCACCCUGCCUGCUCCCCUCCCUGCACCCUUCCUACUCCCCUCCCUGCACCCUGCCUACUCCCCUCCCUGCACCCUGCCUGCUCCCCUCCCUGCACCCUGCCUGCUCCCCUCCCUGCACCCUGCCUGCUCCCCUCCCUGCACCCUGCCUGCUCACCUCCCUGCACCCUGCCUGCUCACCUCCCUGCACCGGCCUGCUCCCCUCCCUGCACCCUGCCUGCUCCCCUCCCUGCACCCUGCCUGCUCCCCUCCCUGCACCCUGCCUGCUCCCCUCCCUGCACCCUGCCUACUCCCCUCCCUGCACCCUGCCUGCUCCCCUCCCUGCACCCUGCCUGCUCCCCUCCCUGCCCCUCCCUGCUCCCCUCCCUGCCCCCACCACCCUCCCUGCCCCUGCCUGCUCCCCUCCCUGCACCCAGCUUGCUCCCCUCCCUGCCCCCACCCCCCGUCUUCCCCCUGCCUACCCUGUUAUAGUCAUCCCCCUCUACUCCGCCCCCUCCAUCCAGACCCUGUUAAAGUCAUCCCCCCUCUACUCCGCCCCCUCCAUCCAGACCCUGUUAAAGUCAUCCCCCCUCUACUCCGCCCCCUCCAUCCAGACCCUGUUAAAGUCAUCACCCUCUCUUCGAGCCCCCUCCAUCCUGACCCUUCAUCCCCCUCUACUCCGCCCCCUCCAUCCUGACCCUGUUAAAGUCAUCACCCUCUCUUCGAGCCCCCUCCAUCCUGACCCUGUUAAAGUCAUCACCCUCUCUUCUAGCCCCCUCCAUCCUGACCCUGUUAAAGUCAUCACCCUCUCUUCUAGCCCCCUCCAUCCAGACCCUGUUAAAGUCAUCACCCUCUCCUCCAGCCCCCUCCAUCCUGACCCUGUUAAAGUCAUCCCCCCUCUACUCCGCCCCCCCUCCAUCCUGACCCUGUUAAAGUCAUCACCCUCUCUUCUAGCCCCCUCCAUCCUGACCCUGUUAAAGUCAUCACCCUCUCCUCUAGCCCCCUCCAUCCUGACCCUGUUAAAGUCAUCACCCUCUCUUCUAGCCCCCUCCAUCCAGACCCUGUUAAAGUCAUCCCCCUCUACUCCGCCCCCCCUCCAUCCUGACCCUGUUAAAGUCAUCACCCUCUCUUCAAGCCCCCUCCAUCCAGACCCUGUUAAAGUCAUCACCCUCUCUUCUAGCCCCCUCCAUCCAGACCCUGUUAAAGUCAUCACCCUCUCUUCUAGCCCCCUCCAUCCUGACCCUGUUAAAGUCAUCACCCUCUCUUCUAGCCCCCUCCAUCCUGACCCUGUUAAAGUCAUCACCCUCUCUUCUAGCCCCCUCCAUCCUGACCCUGUUAAAGUCAUCACCCUCUCCUCCGCCCCCUCCAUCCAGACCCUGUUAAAGUCAUCACCCUCUCUUCUAGCCCCCUCCAUCCUGACCCUGUUAAAGUCAUCACCCUCUCCUCCAGCCCCCUCCAUCCUGACCCUGUUAAAGUCAUCACCCUCUCUUCCAGCCCCCUCCAUCCAGACCCUGUGA